GCAGUCUUUGCAUCCUACACGCACUCCGUUCAGACUCAGAAGGAGCUCAUCAGUAGCAUCGUGUUGAAUGCCACUCAGUGGGUGCUGCUGGAGGCUUCAAAGUCCGUGGAGAAAGCGGUUUUCGUCGGAAUCGUUGAGCCGCCGGACAGAGCCGUCGACACGCUGUCGGGAGCAAUCCGGAUGGCUCGCAUCAGAGGUGGUUGCAACUUUUCUGAGGCCGAGCAGCGUCAUGCCAUCGCGCAGCGUGCUUUGGAGGAACUGAACAAUCAGUGGACUUGCCAUCAGCUGAACAACAACCUUUGUUCGGGCCGGUCAUUGAGCCUUUACGCUGCCAUGGACACCGGCGAAGUCUCGGGUGCAGCCUUCCGCCCUCGCUUCUGGGGGACGUCGCUAGCGCAGGCCUAG